UGGAGACAGAGCAGCAACCAGAACAGAAUCAGUGAAGAAUAGUAGUUGCUCCGAUCAUCGUAUCGCGCAGUCGCUGAACUCGAGUUCUACUCAAAAAAAAGAGAAUCUAUCAUCGCUCUGUAUCAACUUGCUAUCAACCGCGAGCUGUGCCUCUUAAAAAACAAAAUUUUUAACAAUUUUAAAAUUUCGAUUUAAUACAUCUGACGUGAUACUUUUACAAUGAAACUGUCGUGGAGUUUGAUACUAGUGCUUGGAGUAGCUUUGUCAGUGAUGGCAAUUACAGCACAAGCUGAAUCUGAUGCAUGGGAAGAAGAUGAUGACAAUAAUGAAACUCUAGUGAGAACAGUUAGAGGCACUAAAGACCGUGCAUCUGGCAACAACUCAAAUAAUUGCAGAUAUAGCAAAAGUCAAUGGUCUGAAUGUGAUUCGAAAACUAAUUCACGAUCACGGACAUUGAAUUUAAAAAAAGGUGAUAAGACAUGUGAACAAACAAAAACUAUCACGAAGAAAUGUAAAAAAGCAUGUCGCUACGAAAAAGGCAAUUUCACUCCAUGUGUGAACAUGGUAAUGACUCGAGAGGAUACUUUAAAACCAAACAGCGAUGAUUCAUGUGAAAAAGUACGUCGUGUUGUUAAGAGGUGUAAACCAGAAACUGUGAGCACCAAAAAAGUUACCAAAGACAAAGCUGAUCGAGUUAACAGGAAGCCUGGAAAACAGUAAAUAAUUCUACAAAACCCUUCAUCUGAUCCAUAAUUUGGUCGUAAUACAAAUUUUUUGGUAACUAACAAUCUAACGGUUGCAAUAUCUCUAAACUUAAUGUAUCGAAAAUUUUACAGAUAAUACUGACUGGUAUAAAAAUAUGAGAUAGAUAACAUAAAAAGUUAGCCACUUUUGUUUGAGGUAUUGAAUAUGAAUGUAAUUAUUACAAGUAUACAAUUGUAGUUGAAUAAUUACAAAAUGCAAAAA